AUGUCAUUCAAAGAAUUAGAGAGGAAGAACUACCAUACAUAGAAAGGGUUGAUACAGGCAACAUUUAACAGCUAGAUCUCAAUUAUUGAUAAUAAAGAUCUCAAGAAUUUUAAGCCAGUCUAGCAAACUACUUAAAUUAGUAUAGUUUAGCAAGACUAAGAAAGCACUCUUACUAAAGAAUAUGAACCUAAGGAGUUAACAGUUGUUUUUAAAAAAGCCUUAAUUGAUGUAAAAAAACUGGUUUAUGAUCACUGGAUCAAAGAGUAGGAAAUCAAGAAUGAAUAGCUAGAACUCGCCUAGGAAUAGUACUUGAUCAAUCCCAGACUAGAUGGGAAGGUACCAGCUGACGAACUAUUCAAGAAAAUUGAUUAAUACAAAAACUAAGUAUUCAAAGAUAAUAUCCUGCUUAAAUGA